ACUCUAAUCUUCCCCUAUACUCCUCUUCUACUGUGUUCGACACAGCCAAGCACCGACACAUUCUCGACUAGUGGGAGCACCUUGAAAAGGGUCCUCAUAGCGCUGCACCGCGCUGCAAUCACCUGCCGCUGGCCGCGCCCAACAUGACCAACAGGCCAGUGCCGAGCGUCCGCAUACCAGAAUCUCCCGAAGCUGGACCUUCAUCCGGUAGCGGCUCCAGGGAUCCCUCACCGCGUGGCUCAAGGAUCCUGCAAGGCGCUCAUGGACGACUAUCAAAGCUUAUGGUGCCUGGUAGAGCAAGGAGCGGCUCAGGAGCUUCACAGUCCGAGACUCAAGUGACGGCAUACGCAGAGGAUGGAGGGAUCACGAGCGGUCGGUCGACACCAGAGCAAAGGAGAAAGACCGGUAAAGCCGCUGCAGCAUCCUUGCUUGCGAGUGAUCCGAAGUACAAGAAGUUCGCAGCACAGGUGGAUAAAUGUCUCCAGUCUUUCGAAAGCGUCAAUGAAUGGGCGGACUUUAUCUCGUUUUUAUCAAGACUGUUGAAGACUCUUCAAACUUGGGCAGCGUACACCGAUAUCCCUUGGAAACUAAUCGUGUCGAAGCGUUUGGCACAGUGCCUCAACCCAGCACUUCCAUCCGGUGUUCAUCAGAGGGCUCUUGAUGUUUACGCCCACAUCUUCAGUACCAUAGGAGUCGAAGGUCUCCGUCGAGACCUACUCAUUUGGUCAUCUGGUCUGUUUCCAUUUUUCCAAUUCGCGUCGACAUCGGUCAGGCCGCAAAUCAUAAACAUCUUUCAGAACUUUUAUCUGCCCCUUGGGGAGGAUCUAAGACCUGCGACGAAAGCGAUACUCCUCGCGCUAUUGCCUGGAAUGGAGGAGGAGACCGGGGACUUUUUCGAUAAGGUCCUGGUAUUCUUCCGACAACUCUCCAGAGCCGUCUCUGAAGGCUUCUUUCUCCAGACAGUGUUUCUUGUGCUCAUUUCUAGCGCCUCAUCAAGACUAUCGGGCUUGAACUACCUGGCAAAGGAAAUGCAAAAGCCUCCUGAUCCCAGUCUGGGGAUAGAAAACGGCUUGAUCAUUCGUGGGGUGGCUGCCGUCUUGAACGACGAGAAUGUCCUGGUGCGGCGAAAUGGCUUGGACCUCUUGCUGAGGGUAUUGAGGAUACACGAGAGCAUCUUUAAGGAAGCAACGCCCGAAGACCAACGUAUGCUCAUGAGAGUCACUAUCGGAGUGGUUCUUCAGCGCGAGAUCUCGCUCAGCCGGAGAGUGUACACCUGGCUGCUUGGGCCGGAAGAUUCUGGCGACAAGCAAAUGGACAAUUAUAGACAGCAUAGUCUUGAGCUUCUGGUCUCGACCCUGGAGUCAUACAUGGAGACUAGCAUUGCCUCGGAAGAUGCAAACGACCUUCUUCGACCUUUCAAGAUAUUUCUCUCCUUGCUUGACCGCUGGGAGGUCGGGGCGAUCCUCUCCGAACAGCUCGCGAUCAAAACCCUUCAAUUGAUGAGGAGCGCUGCUGAGAUCCAUCCCGAACACAAGCAAGAGGUUAUAAUCACUGCGAUCGCUGUCUAUGAAUCUGUAGAGCCGAUGAUCAUCUGGCGGAAACUGUACGAUCUGGUUGCGCAAAGCCUGCGAGCGGAAACAGACGACCUUUUGACUCGCUGGAUUCUGACAACAAUACCGCAGAAAGAUGACGAGGUCCGGAACGUUCACGUUCCUGUUCUGUUAGAGUACAUCUUGUUGUCCCUCCACGAGAAUGAGGUCAGAGCUGAAAGGAUCGGUCCCACUCUAGAACUCUGCAGUUUACUCUUGGAUGCCGUCCCUUCCCGGAUACUCGGCUCUGCAGAUGGCCAGAUGGACAAGCGAUCCUCACUAGCCUCCGAAUUAUAUUCGGCCCAAGGCAAGAAAUCCGUCGAAGAAUGGUCGCGGCGUGUCUUGGAAGGUGUCAUGCCGAACAUCGUUAAGCUCAUCUUUUCCUCCACCUCAGUCGGUUCUCUUAAGGACAACAUCGUGUCUUGUUUGAAUCUGCAACACAGCCUGAUCGACGCCGAGGCAGUGUCACUCAAGCAAUUGGACAGUUUGGAAUGGCUAAAAUCUCUCAUAAAUCUACUCUCAGAAUCAUCUUCAUUCAUCGUCGUUGAGGCUGUGGUAUCUCUGGCCCUGAAAGCAGGUCGUGCAACUCUAUUUGAGCCGCCGAUCGAUCUUUCAGCUCACUCGACCAUGACGACGAUUCUCGACAACCUCUUCUCCUUCCUCCGAGCCGACGCUGCGCCUUAUCACGCCCGGGCAGUGGAACUGCUUUGGGACUACAAUCAGAUUGCCGAGAUCCAUGUGUUGGAAACAGUCAUUGCUUCUCGGAUGUCAUCCUCAAAUUUAUCGAUUGCGACCCGGACAUUCGAGGCGUUCGGUGUAUUGUGGAACCUGACCGAAGACUCGAUGCUGCCUGGCGACUUGUUCCAUGUGCCAUUGUUCAAGAUUGUUGAUUCCCUCGGUCAAUCUGGCCAAUUGAAAUGGCAUGCCGAGGCUUUUAUGCGUAACAGCUUGGGCUCCUGGCCGAGGCUGCUCGAUCCGUUGCUCCUCCGUAUCUUAAACGCCAUCCUUUUAGUAGAAGAUUCCUCUGUCAGUCAUCAGCACAAAGCUGAUUUGUCAACCUCCCUCUACCUUCUCGAGAGCUUGAAGACAAUCAUCACAUUCGGUGGAAGGCCACUCAGCCGAACGUGUCAGAGUAUGGACGUGAUCAAUUCUCCUUACACGCAAUUGGUGGAAGUGGUACAGACUCACUGGUCGGCAAAUAUGUCCUACUUGGAUCUCUUGGUACUGACUCUUCUCAAGCAUAUUGAGGAGCGCGAGGAUAAGUCAACUCGCGCCGAUUUUGCUAGGCAACAGCUUCAGUCAGUUGCGCUUAGCGUGUUGCAAAUGCUGGUUGGUCAUGGAGAAUUGUCCCGUGUCGCGGGAGCGAGAAUCAAGCUUGGUGUCAUUCAACGACUGUCUACAGCGGUGCAAACAGGAUCUGUUCUUCUUCAACCGCAACUGCUGGAGCUCUUGCGAAGUCUUCUAGCGCUGGCGCCGAAUCAUAAUCAACCACGUAAUCACCGACGCGUGGAAUCAUUACCGGAGAAGUCCAACAUCAGCUCGCCUUCCUUGGUGGACUCUGCGAAAGACUUCGAUGUCCUAAUGGUAGACUUGGUCAACCUAGCCAUCCUGCAUGAUGAGACGUAUUUGGUUCUGCGUCAAUGGACUGAAUUCACUCUUGUUCUCGUCACCCGCUUACAAUCUCGAUCUGAUCUAUUGCACGAGCUGGCGGAAACGUUCAGCCGUCAGACAACGGCGAUCAUGCUACAACUGGACCAGUGCUACCAGAAGCAGAUGCGUACCUCCAUCACCGAUGAGCAGCCGGCAUUCUACCUGGUCGUCAUGGAGCGGUUGAUCACUCUGUCCAUGAGUCUGAGAUCAAAUCGAAAGAGCGAAGACGGAAGGGCCCAGAACGAAUCCGGUGGUUUGUUGGGGCUCAUGUCGGGCGUUUUCGUGAACGACGGCCCGUCCAACGAAAAGACUCCAAUCAAUGACGACACAUUUUUCCAAGACUAUAUUCGAUCAUUGCUGAUCACUUGGAGUGUGGUGACGAAAGAGCCGGUAUCAGGGCCAUCACUUCCAUCCCAGGACCGAUGCUUCUUCUCCAUUCACGCCAAAGCUCAAGGCGUCCUCGAACGAACUUUCAAAGCCUACCCGCUACCACUCAUAGAGAGUAUGACAACGGUCUGGGCUGAGAAUGACACCAACUUGGUCGACGCUGCCAUCUUUGACUGCAUCGAUAUGCUCACGCCCAGUGCUCAGCGAGUGGUCGAGCUACUGAGCGAGAGUAUAAACCAUCAGCUCAAGAGGGGUUCAGACGGGACUUUCGCGACGAUGGGAUUCUUGGAGGGAUACAUUUCAAGAUUGGAGGCUCCCAUCGCUGUCCAGGUCUGGAACACAUUGUUCUCUUUUGCCAAGGACAUUAUCGCGUCCAGUACCACGGCAAACUCGAGGUCACUGUCUUAUCCUACGCUUCGGUGCUUGACUAUCUUGAGCAAAAUUGUGGCAACUACAAGUGCGCUUGAAGAUCGACGAUUGCGAAGAGAUCUACAAGAGAUUUAUAGCAAAUUGCUCGAUGCGGUCGUUGGAAGUGUCGCGAGGCUUGGCGACGCCAAGGCCUGGCAGCGCUCAACUGCUGCCGAUGCGGAAUUGCUGAUCACGGACUUGCAGACUUUUCUUGCCGAUCAGAUCCUUCCCAAUCUUCGGAGCUUCCUUCAUGAUGCGGAUCGAGUCGCUGCUACUUGCGCCACCAUUUCCUCCACCGUGAUAACUCCUGCUUUGCGACAGAAGCAACGCGUCUCGCCAAUCAUCCUACGCAUCCUGUACGAAAUGACGCGCAUACCUUCCGCGACGAAAGCCUGGCGUCUACCUGUGGGUGAAGCUUUCAAUGACGCGCGAUUCUUCAAGCAGAGCGCAGAGGAAGCGGACUUCUGGCGCCCUUUGAUCUGCGCUCUUAUGGACAAUGACAAGGAUAGGCUGGUGGAAAUGCUGGCUCGAAUCACUGCUGCUCCGUCCGCAAACAUCUUUGCCAACCGUGAACAAGAGACCAUCACUCGCUCGAUGAAUUUGAGGAGACUGUCCUUCGUCCUGUUCGCAGCGGAGACCAAUCAUUUCUUGACCGAUCUGCCGGCCAUGCAAGAGGCCCUGGUCGAUGUCCUACGUACCAGCGUCAUUUCAGCACGUGUACACAGCGAGGUCUAUCGAUGUUUGAGGGUUCUGAUGUGCAGGUUUAGUGCUCAGCACUUGACCAAUUUCUGGCCAGUUAUCCUCGCCGAAUUGUUCCGAGUCUUUGAAGGGAUCAUGGACGAGAUCCCUGCUCCAGAGUCUGAGCCUCUGCACCUGAUCUUGGCAGCCUGCAAGUUUUUGGACUUGCUAUUGGUCAUCCAGUCCGAGGACUUCCAAUUACAUCAAUGGAUGUUUGUCAGUGACACGACGGAUGCAGUCUACCCACCGGAGGACUAUACGCCAGAGGCGAUCAUGGAUCGCUUAGCAGAGAUCAUGUUCGAGCACGCUCAUGCGGGAGAUGACGCCCCUGCCCUGGCCAUUGGCUCCGAAGGCUCAUCAGCCCUGCGUCGCCCGCGCCUCGCAGCUGUUCAGACAAUCGUCAGUCUCUCGCAGCUUCGCCCUUUCUUCUCGCGCGCGAGCAUAGAUACCUACGAAGGUGUCUAUUCGAAUGACGGAGUGGAUUGGGAAGCGGUAGAAGAAGGACUCAAAGAUGAGAUCUUUGACGAGAGGGUGUAAAUGCAUAAUGCCGCAUUGCGAUAU